UGGGAGCCGGGCCCGAGCAGGAACCAGGAAAUACGAGCUCAGCCUGCCCGGGGAGCGCUCGGGGAGCCGGGGAGCGCCAUGGGCAACCUGUGCGGCUGCGGCCGGCGCUGGAAGUGCCCUUCACCUUUCAAAAGGAAGAAAGCAAAGCAAGGAGCUAAUGGGAGGCAGGAGGCGCAGCAGCAGCAGCCUGGCAGCAAGGCUGUCCCAUCAGCAGUGCCCACGUAUGAGGAUGUCCCAGAUGUCCCUGUGUAUGCCACGGUGAGCAGGAGGGGAGUCCAGCAGGAGGAGAGCAUCCACUACGCCGACAUCCAGGUGUUGUGCAGGGCCCAGCAGCGCUCAGCCGCCCCGGUGAGGAGCCUGCAGCAGCACCAGCCCACCGAGUACGCCACCCUCAACUUCCCCAGGGCCAGGCUCAAGUACGACAGCAAAAACGGGACCUUGGUCUGAGAGAAACCAGGGCCUCGUCCUGCUGCUCUGGCAGGGAAAGGAGCUCGAACCAUGGACUCCUCCUUCAGGAGGAAAAGGAGCUCAGCCCAUGGGCUCAUCCUACAGCAGGGAAAGGAGCUCACCCCAUGGCCUUGUCCUGGUCCUCCAGCAGGGAAAGGAGCUCAAACCAUGGACUCCUCCUUCAGGAGGAAAAGGAGCUCACCCCAUGGCCUUGUCCUGGUCCUUCAGCAGGGAAAGGAGCUCAGCCCAUGGACUCAUCCUUCAGGAAAGGGAGCUCAGCCCAUGGACUCCUCCUUCAGGAGGAAAAGGAGCUCAUCCCAUUGACUCAUCCUCCAGCAGGGAAAGGAGCUCAGCCCAUGGCCUUGUCUUCCAUCAGGAAAAGGAGCUCAGCCCAUGGCUUCAUCCCUCAACAGGAAAAGGAGCUCAGCCCAUGGCCUCAUCCUCCUUCAGCAGGAAAAGGAGCUCACCCCAUGGUUUCAUCCUCCUCCUUCAGCAGGAAAAGGAGCUCACCUCAUGGCCUUGUCUUCCAUCAAAAAAAGGAGCUCACCCCAUGGCCUGCUCCUCCAUCAGGAAAAGGAGCUCACCCCAUGGACUCAUCCUCCAGCAGGAAAAGGAGCUCAGCCCAUGGACUCCUCCUUCAGGAAAGGGAGCUCAUCCCAUGGCCUAAUUGUCCAUCGGGAAAAGGAGCUCACCCCAUGGCCUCCUCCUCCUUCAGCAGGAAAAGGAGCUCAGCCCAUGGCCUUGUCUUCCAUCAGGAAAAGGAGCUCAGCCCAUGGCCUUGUCCUGCUCCUCCUGAAUUCAGGAAUUCAGCACUAAAGGGAGGUUCUGCUGCUGCCUUUGAGGAAUUCAGAAAUUCAGGACUAAAGUGAGGUCUUGGUGCUCCCUUUGGGGAGUCAGGAAUUCAGCACUAAAAGCACUAAAGGGAGGUUUUGGUGCUGCCCUUGGGAAUUCGGGAAUUCAGGAAUUCAGCACUAAAGGGAGGUUCUGGUGAGGGUUUUGUGUCAGUGUUAAAGCUCUGAGCCUGCAGAGUGACUCGUGGCUGGUGCUGUGAGGAGAUCAGACCUUCAGCAGGAUCUGCUGCUCCUGCAGGUGCAGCCAGGCCCUGGUGCAUCCCCUUGCCCCAAAAUCAGUGCUGUGCAGCCAUGCACGGUACCUGGCAGCCAGAAAUGCACAAUUAGGAGGGCACAGAAGGAUUUCUGUCACUGCUGGGCUGCUCAGAGGUGCAUCCUCUGUGCAAACAAGUGAGGAGUGAGCUCCUGGCUCGGGCUGGAAGUGAAACAAGGGAAAAUUGGCGGUUUAGCUGCAGAUCAGUGCCUAUUUUUAGGGCAGUUCUCUGAGUCCAGCAGCUGCCUGGGGAACUGGGAAUGAACCCUGGGCAGCCUCAGAGAAGACUUUGGACUUUGCCUCCACUUUUCCCUCAUUUUGUGCUGUCAGCCCUGGUUGUAAACCCCAGUGACACCGAGCACACACCCUGUGGGGCUGCCAGCUCCACCUCUGUUUGUGGGUUUGCAAGAGUGUCAAUAAUUCAGCGUAGCAAUGGUCCAAACUGGGCAGCACUGGCACCAGGGCUCCCCAAACCCCUUCUGCAGGCACUAAAGCAAGGCUGGCACAUUCUGCUCCUCAGUCAGGGCCUGCAGAGCAGAUUCUGGGGCAGCCCCAGUCACUGGCAGCGUUUAGAGAUGGAGAUUUUAUUAUUAAUACACAGAACUUUGCCGGGAUGGUUCCUUUUAUAAACACACACAACUUUGCAGGGAUGGUUCCUUUUAUAAACACACACAAGUUUUCAUUUUACAACUCAGCUGGGUGGGAAAAGCAUGAAGGAGUUCCUGCUCAUGGUGAAAAAUAAAGCUGCUCCAGGCUGUGUUUGCCGAGGUGGGAGUGUUUGAGGACCAAUAUUCCCAUUUUUCCUAUGUGUUUUAAUGAGUGCCCGAGCCCCUGGAAUGGUUCUUAUCUGCCAUUUCCUGAGGAGCUGCGGCUUCCACACCACCCUUGGGCUGUUCCUGGAAGUGCAGGACAAUUCUGUGCUCAUCCUAAGACAAUUCCAUGUUCAUCCUGGAGACAAUUCCAUGCUCAUCUUUGUCACUAUAGGACACAAAACAACAUGAGUGCACACUGCUGCUCUCAAGGUAAAGAAAAAGGGAAGUUUAUUUUCUGACUCCAGCAUUUACAGUUUUCUAAAAGUGACAGUGACAGUGCCGCCUCUCCAAUGACACUGCACAAACCAACAGCCCAUCCAAUUUCUCUUCUUCAAUAAAAGAAUGCAAAACAAUGAGUUAUUUACAGAAAGUGUGUGAGAAAAUUUGCUACAAGAAUGUAAACAUCAGAAGGCUUAGAGAAACUGAAAAAAUCCAAGUGACACAUCCUGGAGACAAUUUCCAUGCUCAUCCUAGAGACAAUUCCAUGCUUAUCCUACAGACAGUUCCACACUCCCAUUCCGGUGACUUUCCCCAGGUUUUCCAUGGGGAAUUGUGGAAGCCGCGUGUUCUGCAAUACAGAUUUUCCUGAAGGACUCGGUUUUGCACUGAACAUUAAAAUCUGCGCUGCCCGCGUCUGCCGUGUGUGCCCAGCGGGUGUUGAUGUGCCAUUAAAGAUGCAAUGUUCAGUUUUG